AUGCUACGGAUGGAUUUCCCCGAGAUAUGGGCCGCCGUGGUGGCGGGGACAGGGGACACCGUAAUUUGCGUUCCUCAGAGCACAUCGCUAUCGCAGGAAGAUUUGACAGCUGCGGAGGCAAGGGCGCAUGUCCUGACCCCCUCGGAAGAAGUACCCGGAGACUUUCUCACUCUGGACGGCUGGUCCGUGUCCCUCGUGGGCAAUGAGGUGGUGACUGGGGCUGGGUUUCCAGAAUGGAGGCGUGUGCGACUGCUGCUGUCGGAGGACCUCGGCCAGCACCUCGUUGCCGCCGGUGAGAAACCGCUCUGUCCGCCCACGGCAGCUCCCCGAGAAGCAGCUGAAGCCACGGCGGAGGCGGCAGCCGAGGUGGUUGCGGUGGGUAGUAGGACGCGCGAUUCCACGACGGGGGCUCUGGGUAAGGAGGACGCCGGGGGCGCAGCGGUUGGUGAUGGCGGCGGCGAGACGGAAGAAGCAGAUGCUAGAAGGAAGGCGAACUCCAACGCCAAGGUGGUGAAGAUGGUCGAAACGAACGCCGCUGGUGAGAAGGAAGAGCGGGGCGACGCAAGCGGCAAAGCCAAGACUUCCACCACCGUGAGAGGGAAGGAGUCGAGAAAAAGAGAGCGAAAGGUCAGAGUGAUGCAUGUCUCGAGGCCUCUGAUGGGAGGGCUGUCUUGGGCGCCCGAGAACGCCGGGGAGCUGGACAUGAUCACCGUCGACAAGUACACGGCCGUCCUCAAGUCUUACCCUGAGGUGGACGGCAUGUUCGCGGAGAUGGACAGCUUCGCCAAGGCCGUGCUCGGCUACUGCUCCAAGAACCUAGCGGCUCGCGGGGGCUCAAGUACCGCCGGCGGCGGUAGUGCUCGUGCCAGUGACGAGGCCGCUAUCAUCAACGGUCUCGGUGCCGAGCAAGGCCACCCGGGGGGCGGGGGGGGCUCCGGCGAAUCCAAGAGUGACGAAGGGCGGGUGCGGCGGUCGCGGUCGCGAAGACCCCAGGAGGAGGAGCUUUGCGCCGUCAUCGCCGAGCAGUGGAGGUUGACCGCGGCCACGCUGACCCGUUCGCGGUGUGUCAAGGGCAACGGCGACGCGGAGGCGAUGGAGCGCCGCGAGGUGACGAUGAUGCAAGUGACCGAGAGCUACCUCAUGUCUCGCCUGGCGCCUGGGCUGGGCGCCUGGCUGGCGGGGCUGCACGCGGGAGCGGACGCGGAGCUCCACCGCGCCCUCACGCUCCUCCGGUACCACACGCAGGAAGACAUUGGCGUAAAGCGACCGUUCCAGUGCGACCUAUCCUCGGCCGUAGAAUGCCUCAGGGGGCUGGGCGUUUGCGCUACUCCGAUGGAUAAAAUGCUUCAGGUCAAGGAAAGCCUUAAGCUCAUACAGACCUCGGUCCAGCAAAACCUGGACGCUCGCAGGCAUGCCGAUGAUGACGAUCGCGACGGCGAUACUGAUGCCACCGGUGGCGGCGGCCGGACCGAACAGAGGGUGGGCGAGGGCGGAGGAGGUCGGGUGUACGAGGAGGAUGCUCAGAUGGCCACUGAUGACGUUGUGCUGCUGCUGGUGUGCUGCCUAGUCGAGGCGGGCGCGACCGUCGGCAGCAGUGAUGCGAACAUCUUUGCGAGCAAGGGCGGGGACAGCGGGGGCGGCGGCGACGGCGGCCGCACGUCCUUCCUGGCCGAUCUAGCGUUCAUGAAAGCCUUCCACUUCUGCGAGGACAGCACCUCCGCCGUGUACUUCGCGGUGUCCACCUUCGAGGUUGCGUUGGAGUGGCUCCUGGCGAAGGUUGGACGCCGUCUCGCCGAGACCCCGGCCGAGGACGGUCUUGGAAGUUUCCUCGGGAUCGAGGAUAGGCCUUGCCCCGCUUCCCCACUCCCCGAUAUCGUUGGCGAGGACGGAUCAGGUGUGGGAGAGGCAGCAACCGAUGGCGGUGGCGGCGGCGGCGGCGACGGCGCCGCCCCCCCAGUGGGAGAUGACGAAGGGGUUGGAGCCUGGGGGGGGGAGCUGUCUGUCGUUCCAGCCGCCCUCUGCGACACGGCUUUGCGGGAGAACGUCAGGUCGGAGCUGGAAGCCCGUCAAGGCGGCGGCGCGGUCGUGGCGAUCGAGGACCUUACCGGCGACCCUGCCGAGCGGCUGCCGUGGGAAUCGGUCGGGGUGGAGGGGCAGAGACCAGGAGCUAGUCCGGCAGAGGAGGAGCAAGGCAGCAGCCGGACAAACGUCGGGCGCGGGAUGGUGUUCGGCGAUGCCGGGGAGUGGGGCGCCGAGCAGUCGACCAUGUUCCAGAUCACGGACGGAGGAGGAGGAGGAGGAGGGGCUGCCGGCAGCGAGGGCGAGAGCGAGGCCGAUGGCGGAACCAAGGGCCGGGGCGAAGGAGGAGCGGGGUGGUCAGCGGUGGACGUCGUCCAGGUCUCGUGCGGAAAGCACUUCUUCGCCGCUGUUGCUCGCGGUGGUGGCCUGUACACCUGGGGCUUGGACGCGAGCGACGGCCGGCUGGGCCACGGAAGUGGAGGAGGGGGGGCGGCGGGGACAAGGGCCGAUGCUGCGGGGAGCCCGUUCUGGCUGAAGGCUCCGGUCAGGGUGGCCGCUCUCUCCGCGGACCACGUUGUGCAGGUGUCCUGCGGCGCGAAGCACACCCUUGUCAUAACCUCCGAGGGGCAUCUCUUCGCCUGGGGGGACAACCGCUACGGCCAGUGCGGCCUUCCAUGGCAUUCUUUGUCGUCUCCCGCUGACUCUCCUCGUGGCGACGGCGACGGUCAGUUCGGCCUCAAGACGUUCGGCCAGAUGGCCAAGAAGAUGUCGACAAAGAAGUUCCCCGGCGGCGCUGAUAAGGCCGGCGACGGUUCUGACGGAGGCAAGGGAAACGGCGACAGCGGCGGCGGAAUGACAGUGUUCAGACCUACCCUUGUGCUCCUCCGGCAAGAAGGCGAUGACCUACCGCUCCGAGUCCUUCAGGUGGCUAGCGGCCGGCAGCACUCCCUGGCGAUAGCGUGUUCCCGGAGCAACGACAAGGCUUGCGUACCCGACAACAGCGCCGCCGCCGCCGCCGCCGCCGCCGCCGCCGCCGCUGCCGCUUCUGCGCACUCGACAACUACUUCAGCGCGUGUUAACCACAGAGCGAACGUGCUCUACUCGUGGGGAGCGACGGGCUCCGGCAGGCUGGGCAGGUUGCCACGGCGCAACCCGUCUUCCUCCCCGUUUGCGUCGUCGCCCUCCCUGACGUCGCCGUCACCGCGGCAGCCACCACCACCACACCGCUCGAAAAGCGACUCGUUGGCGGGCGUACUGCCUUCGGCGAAGAGCUCGGAAGGUGGCGGCGGCAGCAGCGGGAGAAAAGACACCGCGGCCGGUGGGCGGACAAGAAGUGAUAGCUUGGCCGGUUGGAGCGCCUCCGGCGGCGGCGGCGGCGGCGGCGACCUCCUGGGGGAACGAAGAGAACGAGAAGGGGGACGGGGUGGCCCAAGAAGUGGCGACGGGGAACUCCCGGCGCCGGAGCCAGGGCAACAAGGAAGCGCACCCCGAGCUACUCCUACCCCACCUCCACCCCGGCCCCCGGAAGCGUUCAACAUGCCGGCACCGGUGGCCGCCGACUGGACGUACCGCGUCAACGAUCACAGGCGACACGGCGCCCCUCUUGUCGCCGUUCCCACGCCCGCCGCAGCAGCCGCGGCUGCCGCUGAACGCCUCAUCUAUCCUUUUGGCGGCGGCGAUGGAGAUGGCGACAGAACGAGAGCUAGCGCCGGUAGGCCUAUCGGUAGUGGUGGGGGCGGCGACGGCGCAGCGGGUGUCACUGAGGGGAUGACAGUGUUGGAGCCCGGGGACGGGGUUGGGAGAGGGCCCGUGGCGAUAGCGGCCGGGUGGCGCCACUCAGUUGCCGUUACGGAGGAAGGGGCGGUGUUUGCGUGGGGCUGCGGGUCGGAAGGAAGACUGGGGCUGGGGUCUCACGUGGAUGCUAACGCGCCCCGGCAGGUACGCGCUCUCGCGUCGCGGGCGAUUCGGGUGAGGCAAGCCGCGGCGGGGAGGGCGCACACGCUGUUCCUCUCGGAGUCCGGCAACGUGUACUCCUGCGGCUCCAACGAGUUCGGGCAGCAAGGGCGAGGCGGAGCUGGUUCCGCCGCUCAGCGCUCCAGCGCCUCCCAGAGCAACGCCGAUGGCUCGAGCAGGGAGACGUCAAGAUCGACUCAUCCAGCUGUGGACGGGGGCGGGGGCGGGGGCGGAGGCAGGGUAUCCACUAGCCUAUGUAUGUUGGCCCCGACGAUAGUCACCGUUACCGUCGGCAGCGGCAGCGGCGGUGGCGUGUCUGGCCUCCGCGUCCAGAGGGUGGCGGCAGGGGACGACCACUGCACUGUGCUAACCUCCUCCGAGCCAAACACCGUCACCGCCACUGCUUCGGCGGCGGCGGCGGCGACGGCCGUCUACGCCUCCUCCAGUCGUGGAGGCGGGGGAGCGGGGGGCUCCCAAGGCAGCAGCAGCGGCAGGCGAGUCUUCACGUGGGGCCUGAACGCUGCCGGGCAGUGCGCGCACGGGCGGGCGGCGGAGGUCGUGGGGGCCCCGCAGGAAGCCGAGCUGUUGAGCGGUGCCAGGGCGGUUGGCUGCGGGGCGGGCCAUACAAUGGUCGUUCUCUAGUGGGGUUGACAACGAGGGGGGGGAGGGGGCGGGGGGUUGGAAGUACUCACGAAACGACCGGCUAGUCUUCCCGUCGGAGAAUUCCGGAAAUGUGCGGUUUGGAGCACUAGGACGCACUUGGCGAGUAGAGGUUCCCUGGUCUUGAGAGCCUCCACGGCUCUGUAUUAGCACAUCCUCCGCCAUUUGUGGCCGUCAGCACGUGGUCUUUAAGUGGCUGCUCCUUCUGAAACGUUUGGGCUCGAUUGUUUUGGUAUCAUCACCACCUUGUGUGUUUGGGAUUCCGUGUCUCCGACCCUAGAGUUGUUGGGCGCCCUCUGAUGAUGAUUGUGCGCGCGAGAACUCCCUCGACGGCAUGCAGAGAUGGAUGUAAUGCGAAGGCGGCUGGUGUGAUGCCUUUCUUUGUGUUCCACGAUGCUCAGGCGUAAUGUGUGCGGGAGGGGCGGUACGCAAGUGCGCAAGGUUUUUGUGGUGGGCGUGUAUGCAUUAGAGCGUUCACACAUGACCAGUCUUCUGUGAGAGACUCGCGCCGUGCGAAAAACGCGACUCCGUGGGAAAUCCGUGGCUCUGUUGCUGUUUCAGCCGCAGAUUUUGCGGUUAUUAUCGUGGGAUAUAUAUGAUGGAAUGAGUAGGUCAAGCGACCCCAUAUCAAACCCACUUGUACGGUCAUGACGUAGUUUUGUUU